AUGGCGAGCCCCCCGGGGACCCCUGAUGCGAGACGUGAUGGGUUGAACUACGAAUUUACUCCUAUAGGCUAUACUGAAGGAAAAGCGAGUUCAAGGUCAACUCCCAAUACGGCUUCCAAGAAAAGGCCACCACACGAUGAGUCGAUAUUGAGCCAGGAAGAUGGCCACGGUUCGGGGCCCAAAAGGGCUCGAAAACUUGAUGACACGUUAAAUUCCACUAGAAUCUUUAAUGAUUCUUCUUUUGAAGAUACAUUACCGUCCCAGAUUGGUAUACCCAACCUUCCAAAUACUGAUGGAAAAACAGUCCUUGACAGCGUGGAAAGAGAUGGCGAAAGUGGAGGAGCUUCCAACCCAUUAAAAGAACAACAAGAUUCGCUUUACAAGUUGAAUCUGGAAAACUACAACCUUCGAGUUAAGUGUAAUAGUUUGCUGAAGUUCUUGAACAACGUAACAGACGAAGGCGAGUUGAAAAAGAAUCUUGACAUCAUCAGCGAGCUGCAGGAAUGGAAGACCAAAUAUCAAAAACUUGCUUCUUCUUACCGUGACCUUCAGCUCAAAUUCGACCAAAUCGAUCGAAACGAUCCGGACAGACACCAGAAAGAAACUGCAUUGCAUAACGAAAAGUUAAGGGAUCUUGAAACAAAACUGAAGGAGUACAGACAUAGUGCCAAUAAAUCAAGGGAUGUGAUCGCUCAACUGGAAAAAAAUCUCACUACUUCCACCCAGCAAUCAAGAACCCUCAAUGAGCACUUGGAAACACAAACACAAUCUCAGCGCCAAGCCAUUGAGACACUAAAGAGUAAAAUCUCACAGAAUUACAGGCUUAUCGAGGAACGCGAAGCUAGCAUAGAAGAACUAAAUUCAAAACUUGGUGGAGAAGUCAAAGCUCGUGAAAGUUUAGAAACUCAGACUAAGGUAUAUGCACAAAGAAUUGAAGAAUUAGAGAAGCAAUUACACGAAUACGAGAUCAAAAUCCAGGAUAUACAGCAAUCGUUGGAGAAAGCUCGAAAAGAUCUUGGAGCUGCGUCAGGAAGAAGAAGCUCAAGAGAGGAGAUUCACACCCCCGAAAAGGUUCGAGUACAAACGGAGAUAGAUCAAACGUUGGCCAAGAAUCGUGAGUUGAGAGCUCAAAUGGCAAAGUUAAAAGCGAAUUCCAAUGUUUUUGAAAGCGACAUCAAUUCUCGAGACAUGAAGAUAAAGGCGCUUGAAAGCGAAAUUCGGAACCUACAUGAACAGUUUUCUAGCCAAGGAAUGGUCAUCGAAGAGGGCAAAGCUCGCUACGAAAGGCUAAAGUCGCUGUCCGCGGAAUUGCAAAAGGCAUUAUUGGAGAAGGACGAGAUCAAGAGAGAUAAUGACAGGUUACGGCAGCAAAUAGUUUCCCAAGCCACGCGAUCCCCUGGCCUUAAGGAAAAUGCUCGAAAGGCACAAGAAAGUAAGAUCCAAGCGGAAAAACUCAAGAUCAAGAUUAAAAAUUUGGAACGAGAUCUUGAUUCGGCCAAUAAGGAAGCCGAAAUCCUGCGCCACGAGCACAAGGUGGAGAUGGAGAACAUCAGAACUCAACUCGGAAACUCUGACAUGGAGCCCUUGCUAGCCAAGCAUAAGCUUGAGAAAGAAGUUAGUAUUUUAAAGUUGGAACUGGAAUCGCUGCGAGAAACCAAGGAUCGAGAAAUUUCGCUGUUAGAAAACAGAUAUGAGCUUUUGAAACAAGAAAAUAAACAGUUGAACCAACAGAGGGAAGCACACACCGGUCAGAGCCAAAAAAAACUAUCUGAAAGGCAGGCCGAGAUUGACGAGUUGGCACAGCGGUGUAGUGAUCUGACGAUGGAAAAGGUAAAGCUUAACAAGGAACUGGGCCAAAGCCAAGAAUCGCAAGCAGAAAUGAAAAAGGAACUCGCAAGAGUUACCGCUAGGCUAGAAUAUGUCACCAAGGAAUUCAUUAAAUAUCGAGAGUUGUAUGGAUCCAAAGCUCCCGAUAGUGAGACCAGUAGAUUCAACGAAAAAUGGGCCGAAAAAUUUCGCAGCAUGAAGCAAAAACUGCUUCAUGAGCUAAAAUCCUUACAGGAGGAGAAUUUGGCAUUAGAAAAAAGGCUUCUAGAAAACCAGCAGCGGCCUCCAAGAUCUGCAAGCCCUGAUUUGCGUAAACUAUCCUUGCAGGAUCAAGUGGACUAUUACAAACUACGCUACCACCGUGAAGUGGAGCACAAUAACGACUUGAAGGUUAUGAAUGAGUAUCUAAACCGCGUGUUGAGAGCCAGCUCACGUCACGUGCGUCUCGAUAUUAUGAAGUUGGAAAACGAGGCACUCACAGAUCUGUGGCCUGAAUAUCCCUAUCGCGGCCAUCUGCGAUUCAAAACCGUUGCGUUGAUGGUUCUUGCAAUGGUGAGGGUCCAGAGAGCUAGUACGAAAAAGCGCUGGGACGCCCAACGUAUCACUUACUUGCGUCAAAAAAUUGCCCUUGACCAGGACCGAGUGACUUGGUGA